UUUUAUUUUUGUUUUUUUUUUCUUUUUUUUAUUUUUUUCCUUGUUCUUUUUUUUUUUUUUUUUCUCUCGUUUUCGUUCCUUUUGCGCUUUUUCUUUGCAAGUGGGCUCCCAUUUCCGCGUGGUGCACUUGCCGACUUCCUUUUGACUCUUUCAUUCUCCUGCUGUGCCAUGACAGCCUCGUUGGACGCUCGCAGCGGUCGGCUCUCGCUGGCGGCUGUCGCUGUUGUCGCCACACUCCUUCUUGCCGCUGUCGUUUGCCCCUCGAGCGCAGCGCCUCUCGGUCGUCGCACGCCUCUCACCGCGCGCCUCGAUCGCACCGAUGGUCUUGUCGGGCGUGCUGCUCAGUCGGGUGACUGGAUUGCGUCCCUCAACUUACGGACGGACGCAAACUCUCAACAACAAUGCAACCCGCUCGAAUCUGGCCAUGUUGCGCGCCUGGCUGGCUUUGGCUCGCUCGUCGGUUUGCGCACGUUCGACAACUGCCGCAUGACCGAGCGCCUGCAUGCGACGCCAACUGCCACGCACGAACAUUCUAUCGAAAUUGCCGCAAUGGCUGCUCAGGAGCAGCAGUCGGACUCGAUUGAGCUCGCCUUUGCCGUGACGCUGCCAGCCGGCGCUCAUCCGCGCAUGCUGCGCCGUGGCAUCUCUGCCAAGCCGCGUCUUGUUUUCGGCCACCCGCAGUUCCUCACCGCAUCGUACGACGGAUUGGCGGCGUUUGACGCAAACAACCACUCUUUGCCAACGGACAUGACGUGCGCCUCGGCCGCCGACCCGUCCAUGCGUGGCGACAUUUACUGCCGCGGAGUGUCCUUCUUGCUCAUCAUCACCGUCAACAACGCUGCCUCCGCUGCCUUCCCCAUUCUCGUCGACCCGAUUGUGGCAACUGGCUAUCCGGUCGGCGUCCUGAAUGACGCAAAUCUGUACUGGUCCUACACGGCUCCCGCAGACGCACAGUGCGUCUUCCCGUUCACGUACAACUCCAUCUCGCGCUCUACGUGCAUUUCCGAUGGCACCCGUUUCAACUUUUGCGGCACGACCGCCAACUUGGACGCAAAUCCCUUGGCGUGGAGGACGUGCGAUCAGGCUGCUGUCGGCUUCACUGUCGGCAUUGGCCAGCUCGGCUCGACCGCUACUGGUUACAACGAUGUGGUUUGGGGUGCUCCUGGCUCGAACGGCAACAUUGGUGCCGUCCAAUGGAGCAAAAACACCAACGGUGUUUUGUCUGCCACGCCUGCGUCGCUCACGAGCAGCGGCACGUGCGCGAGCUCUGCUGGUGCGCACUACGGCGCGACGCUUGCCAUCCAACUUCAGAGCUCGGGUGCUACUUCCUCCCGCCUCAUCUUUGGCUCGAGCAACUGCGCCGAUACGACCGUCUUUACCGGCGGCUCCUCUGCACCUUCUCGCGUGAACACGUACAACUACAAGGCGUGGGCGUACGGCGUCGGCACUAUGGAUGUUGCUGGCACCAACCCCAACUUUGUGGUCAGCCACUCGUCUGGAUCUCCCAUUACUACGUUCGGCAAUGGCGUGUCUGGCUACACUCGUGGUGCCGCGCCCUUCAACGUGUAUGCUGACGGUCGAUUCACCGCAAACAUGCUGGUCGCCGACACCAAGGCCUUUGCCAACAAUGCUGGCCUUGUUGGCUACGUCUCGUGCUCGAGCAGCUCCUCUUGCUCAAACCAGUGGAGCGCCACCAUCGAUCAGAUCGACUCCGGCUGGGGCAAUGCGCUGCUCUUGGCCGACAUCAACGCCGAUAGCUACCCGGAUGCCAUCAUUGGUGCUCCUCAGUACACCUCGUUCAAUGGUGCGCGCCGCAACGCUGGUAUGAUUCGCCUGUACCUUGGCACUGGCUCGAGUUCUCUCGAAACGGCGCCCGCCUGGACCGUGUACGGCACAGCCAGUGGCGACCAGUAUGGCUAUACCUUGACCAACCUGUACGACAUUAACGGCGACGGAGCUCACGACAUUGCUGUCGGCGCUCCGUACUCGAACAGCGAGAAGGGCGCCAUCUACAUUUAUCUCGGCUAUUGGGACAACUCGGUCACGCGUCUGAGCGGUCUUCGUCUUCACCAAACCAUCAUUGGAGCUGCUGCUGGCCACCUGCUCGGCUUCUCCAUGGCUGGCGGCCGAGAUUUGAACAACGAUGGCAUCCCCGAUAUGGUGAUUGGCAUGCCCAAGUACAACAAUGGUCGCACGGACUGGGCUGGCCGUGUUGCUGCCGUCCUGAGCAAGCCGUACACGGACGUGAAUGUCAACAUUCGCAACAACCUCUUUUUGGCCAACAUUAACACGUCGAUGACGACUCCUCUCAUCAUCCAAACCACCAUUGCCAAUGCCGGCUUGCGCGAGACCGGGCCCAUCACCCUCACCAUUAGCAUUCCCGACGCCACUGUCUUUGGUGCACCCACUGUUCUGCCCGAGUACGGCCUCACCGCGUACUACUACAACUCGCAGAUCUCCAUGGGCAACUUUGCCGGCCAGACCCCCGUCUUGCAGCGCAACGAAGAUACCGUCAGUUUCAACUUGGGUACCGGCUCUCCUGAUGCCACCGUGAACGUUGACUACUUUUCGGCUCGCUAUGUCGGGUAUAUCGUGCCUUCCAAGACUGCUUCCGACUACAGGUUUACGCUCGUUGCGGAUGACAAUGCUCGCGUUUACGUCAGCAACACUGCCAUUGUGAGCUCCACGGGCGGAUCUUCGACGUCCAAUGCACUGUCUCUCACUGCAGGCGUGCAGUAUCCGUUUGUCGUCGAGUACAAUGAAGCUGCCGGCGCUUCCUCGCUCGUUGUUACUUGGUCGUCCUCCAGUGCCGGCAUCCUGGCCAACACUCUUCUGCCCACGGAGAACCUGCGCCCCAGCGUCCAGACGCGCACCAUCACAUGCACCGACCUCACCUGCACCGUCCAAAUGAACAGCCUUGUUCCCGCGCGCUCCUGCUGGGCCUGCCAAAGCAACCCUGCCGGCACUCAGCAGUUUAUUCAGCUCCAGUACACGAUGGACCAGACUCGCAACUACCCGGCCACGGCGACAUGGACUGCCGUCAACCAAGUCACCCCUGUGGUGUUUGGCCAGGUCACUGCCGUGCACUCGCUCAACUUUUUCACCUUUGCCGACCUGCGCAUGAACGCCGUCCGCGCUUUUGUUCCCCAGGCAGACCCCAACUACGCAACCAACCCCACCUGCUCGAACGUGGCGACCAGCGUGUGCUCCAUUCCCAGCGGCUCGACCACGCUUGUCUUGCGCAACAUUGGCUUUGUGAACAACGGACCGGCCACUGCAUUUGCCGUCUCCCUGCUCAUUUCCUUCCCGACUUCGGUCGAGUUCCUUCGCGUGCAGCGCAUUUCCGACAAGACGACCAACAACGCUUCCAUCUCGGGCUUUUCGUGCUCUCGCGUCGAUGCGGGCGUCUCGUGUCUGUUCUCCAACUUGAAUUCUGGGUCGAGCUUUUCGAUUCCCAACUAUGAAAUUGUCUUUAGCAUUGCCAACCUGCGCGUUGCUGGCAACUGGCAGUUCAAGACGUUGCUCUCGACGCUCUCCGCCAUCACGACCCCCGCCCUGGCUGCCGGCGUGUCCAACUUGCUGAACGCCCCCGACGCAACUGCCAAUCUCGGUCUGGCCAACCCGCGCGUGUCUGCUGGCUCGUACUGCGCUGCCAACCAGGUUUGCGCUGGAACGGCCUACCAAGUGUCUUUCGACAUUCAAAACACGGGUGCUUUUGGCUCGGCUCGCCCUCAGCUUGUGAUUGCGCCACCCACCGCUUUUGCUGCCUCCGCGAGCUACUCUGCCCUUCCCAUCCGACCCCGUAUCUCGCAGGAUGGACAAACGCUCGAUUGCAAUGUCGGCCCGGGCAGCAACUACACGUGCUUCUUCCCUCAAGCGAACAUUGCGGCAGCCUCCACGGCCGCGGUGCAAUUGAUGCUCACCUUGAGUGCCAACACUCCGGUUGGUACCGAGCUGAAAUUCGCGGCCGUCAUUUCUGGCAAUGCCACCGAAUCCACGCUGGCCGACAACGCCCUCCAGUUCUCGUACACGAGCUGCCGCAACAGCACGUUUGUCGUCACCAUGUCCACCUCUGCGACCUCCAUUUACCCGAGCAACUCGCUGACCGUUCUUGCAUCGGUCAACAACCGUGGUCCCAGUGACUACGACGAUGCUGCUGCUCAGACGAUGGUUGUGACCCUGCCCAGCGGCGUCGAUGUGCUGUCAAAGUCGGAUGUUGCUUGCACUGGCGGCUCCAAUGUGCAAACGUGCCCCAUCCCUGAUCUUGCCAACGGCUUUUCGGGAUUCAAAUCCUUCACGAUUCGCCUCACGAACAGCGUCAUUCCCGGUGGUGUUUACACUACCACGCUCACCUCGACCGCGACCGCCGGCACUUCGUCCGCAUCCACGUCGACCAACGUUGUGGACGACACCAAUUUGCAGGUGUUGAUCAACGCCGCCGAGUCGUCGCUGUUUAUCGGCUCGCCGCAGCUGUUCACUGUUGGUGUGCAAAACAACCACCCAGUCAACAACGCGACCAACGUUCAGCUUGUGGUGUUCCUCCCCGUGUCUGUGGCGCUCGACUCUGGCAAUCCGAUCCAGAUUGCCUCUGGCGCGUAUGCUGGAAUGUACAGCACUUACUGCACAAACCAAGUCGUCGCUGGCUCCGAUCCCAACCAGCACAUCAAGAUCACCUGCACAUUCCCUGAGGUCACCGUGCUUCAAGCGGGAUGCAGUGUUGGUUCGAGCCAAAAGUGCCAAGUCAUUCUCACCAUCCCAACGCUGGCGGUCGAUGCCGGCGAUGCCGUCAGUAUUAGCAGCUUCACCACCACUGCGUCGGUGACUGGCCAGAAGCCCGAUCAGGGCAAUGCCAAGACUGCCUCCAUUUCGUUCUCCAUCUACCGUUUCCCUGAUUUGGUCGUGAGCAUGUCGCCCGUUUCGUCUGUCGCUGUGCACGAGAAAUUCGCCGUCGACGCCGUCUUUUUGAAUCAAGGCCAGAUCGCUGCUACGAACGUCAGCUUCACCCUUGUUAUUUCGCAGCUGUCUGGAACGGUCAAUCUGCAAGCUGUGACCCAGUCGCUCGAUGCCUGCGAUUCGCACUCGUUCACGACCUACGAAGUGACGUGCAACAUGACCUCGCUUGCACCCGCCCAGUCGGUUGCUAUUCAGCUGCAGUACAACACGUUGGGAGCAGCCAAUGGCGUGUUUUCCACCUUUGCUCGAGUGCAAUCCGCAACCAAUGAGAUUGAUACCGACAACAACCAAGCCGCCCUGUCCACCACCAUUCUUGACACGUACACUGACUUGGCCAUCGACUCGCGUCCGUCCCCGUACCAACUCCAGAAUGGCGACAACGUCACCUUCACCUUCACCGUCCUCAACUAUGGUGUUUCGACUGCUCGCAACCUGGUUGUCUCCACCACGUCGUGGCCGUACCAGUUCCUGCCGUCCACCUCGGUGACUCAGAAGCCGUCGUACUGCACGUUCUCAAACUCUGACCGCAACCUCAAUUGCGACCUUGGCGCCGGUGGUCUGAUUCUCGACCCUGGCUACUCGACCCUGUAUGGCACUGUCGGCUCGUCGAUCAGCUUCACCAUGACCUGCCAAGUGAAUGUGAUUCCGUCCUUCCUGAAGACCUUCCGUGCAUCAGCCGAUGUGUUCCAGCUCAACAUCACCAUGACGGCGGAAGACACUGUGAUUCCCAACCUUGCUACUUCUACGUCGAACGUUCAAACGUUCAACGUGUUCGUCAUUCCUCCUGCGCCUGUCCCAGCCAAGUCGGAGUCUGGCAUGGACGAAAAGUACCAAAUUUUGAUUGCCGUUCUCUGCUCGAUCGCUGGCGCUGUCAUUAUUGGCCUUGUUGCCAAAAAGUUGGGCUUCUUUGAUCGCAAGCCCAAGCCACCGACUCUUGACGAAGACGAGUUUAUGCAACAGCAGAAUCCCCAACAUGACGACUAAGAGAGCCAAUGUUGUAUCCGUGACUUUUAGCUGUUAAAUUGCUCAACUUCGACCACUUGUGUCUUUGUCUUCAACCCCGACCGUUUGUGUCUUGUCCUUCUCAGGUUGUUUGAGAUUUGUCUUGUUUUUGCUUCCCUUUUUUGUUGUUGUUGUUGUUGUUGUUGUUGUUGUUGUUGUUGUUUGUGCGUUGUAACUCGUGUGAAAAAUCAAUCCGCACUUUUUGGACU